AUGGUUCCGCCUGCUGCCAUGAAGAGGCGCGCUUCGAGCGUUAGCACCGACGAGCUAGCUCGACAACUUGAUGUCAACAAAUAUCACCAGCCGUGGCUCGACUCGAGGAAACUGAAGCAAGUUCCUGCAAACACGGGACCCGAUGAAACCCGAUCGGUACGAUGUUCUCACGAUACGACGCUUACCGCACUCGCUCAGUUGGCUGCCUUAAGAUUGAACGUGAAGCGCGGGAUGGUCUCUUUAAUCGACUCGAAUACGCAGAUAAUCCUUGCCGAAGCUACCCAGACCGUUUCGCUCGUUGAUGAGAGGCGACACGCCCCUGACGAUCAUAUAUGGCUUGGGAACGUCUCUCUUCCGCGGCAGGAUUGCAUGGAUGAGCAUGCUUUCGGGGCUUCGACAACAUUCGAGGACGGAGAGGGCCGAAAAGUGGAGGUGCCAGGCUUUGUUGUUAAUGACGCCUUGGAGGAUGAUCGUUUUAAACAUCGUCCGUAUGUCACAUCUGGAGCCAGCGUUAGAUUCUAUGCGGGUGUACCGAUUGUCACGAAACAGGGGUACGCUAUCGGUGUCUAUGCAGUCUCUGAUACUCAACCGAGACCUCAAGGUAUUACUCUUGAUGAGGCACAGUUUAUGGGAGACGUAGCGCAAGUUAUUGCCGACCAUCUGGAGAGGGUUAUGGAUGCGAUUGGCCGUGUGUCGGAGAGGGAUUUUAUGAGAGGCAUCUCAUAUUUCCUAGAGGACUUAUCCGAAUAUAAAUACCAACUCAGCAAGACAGACCGUUUCGUACAACCACCUAAUAAUAAUACUAAGCGACAAUCGGAUGUUCAAGCAACCGAUCCUCAGAAGGAACCUACGCGAGGGCGUCUUAGUCAAUCUAAAGCGACCUCCCUGCCUAGGCCCAGCUCAAUUUCUCGUAUAAGAGGCAGUACUUCACGCGAUCAAGUUGAUGGGGUUCAAGUACCCCGAUUUUCUAGACAGCGCGUCUCUAGAGGAAGAGGAAGAGAAACCUCUAAUUCUUCAGAUGACAAUAUUCGCAGAAUCUUCGCCCAAGCCUCCCAAUUGCUUUGUCAGCAAGCUAAUGCUUCCGGUUGUGUAUUCACUGAUGCCUCAUCAGGCCUAUUCUCUCGUCAAUCCGAAGGAGUCUCACCUCAUGCCGAUGACGACCCUUCUUUGGUUUUAGAUGUCAAUUUCGAAUCUACAGAGGACGAGGAAACUGAUGGUGAUGUUAUUGAAAAAGAUGACGAACUUUCCCCAGGAUGCGGGACUAGCCUACCACAGACAAAUUUCAGUGAUCGGCCUGAUGAAAUGGCGAAUAUACUCAGCUCAACUGUCGUGAAUGGUCCCGACGAUAGGCACCGCCGAGGUAUGGUGAAACGAAAGAAUCUGAAAAAGCUAAUCCUACGCUAUCCAUUCGGUAAAUGUUUCUACCUGAAUAAUGGACGCGUCGUAUCGGAUCAAACCUUUACUUUCGAUGAAGUGAUUGCUGGGGGCGGUGCGAGCCAUUUCGUGCUGAAUGCAUCGAUGAAUAAUGCAGAGGAGCCGCCCCAUAAGCUAUUGCCGCGGGAACUUCUUAGUUGCAUACCAGACGCAAAAUGGUUGAUAUUUUUGCCGCUUUUCUAUUAUGCCCAAGGCAAGUGGUUUGCCGCAGGAUUUGUUUGGGGCGAUGACUUCAAGAUGGGCGACCCCGACGAUGUACUGCCCUAUUUUAAGACAUUUGGGUCGUGCAUGAUGAGCGAGGUAGCAAGCAUGGAGGUCAUCAAUACUAACAUUGCGAAAUCCACGUUUAUUGCUUCAAUCUCUCAUGAACUCCGCUCUCCUCUUCAAGGUAUCCUAGGAGCUGGGGAGUUUUUGGAGGAUACAAUGACUUCAGCCUAUCAGACAAGUCUCAUAGGAGCAGUGGAAACGUGCGGUAAGACAUUAUUAGAUACCAUCGACCAUCUCCUUGAUUAUGCAAAAAUCAACAACUUGAACCGGGCGGGCUCCUCACGCUUCACGGGGUCAAAAGAUGGCAAGAUGUGGAAAAAUACACACGGCAUCGAGGAACCUCCAUCGGCUACCUUUGACCUUGCCAUCCUCCUUGAAGAGGUCGUCGAAGCAGUUUUUGCCGGCCAAACCUUUCGGAAGAUAAAUCUUCGACAUUAUGAUCCGGUCAACGAUUCGACCGCGCAAAUAAAGUCGAUGGGUAUUGAUGAUUCAUCAACGACUCGGGAACUGAUCCACUCCGGUAGCCAUAAGUUCUCUGGAAAAGUUUUCUUAGUUCUCCAUAUCCAAAAACAGGAAUCGUGGUGCUUGGAGGGGCAGACAGGGGGUCUUCGGCGCGUCAUCAUGAACGUGGUCGGCAAUGCAAUCAAGUACUGCACGACCGGGUGUAUUGACGUGUCACUUACGUCGAAACAAGUGACAAAAUCCGAUAUCGAGGUCGGAAUUUCCAUUAAGGACACGGGAAUUGGCAUGUCCCAAAACUUCCUUUCCAACCAUUUAUUCAAGGCAUUCACGCAAGAAGACUCUUUUAUGCCAGGUACAGGACUCGGUCUCUCAAUCACAUCUCAGAUUGUUCAAAACAUGGGGGGCGGGAUCAGGGUUGAUAGUGAGAAGGGAGUCGGGACACAUGUCAAUAUUGCAAUUCCGAUGAAGAUCGCUACUACAGGGUCGUGUGACGGUGUCCAGAGCGAUGCCCUGCGUGACGCGAUGAAAGCUACCAAGGGAAAAAAGGUUUGCCUCUUAGGCCCCGUAAUUGGUAGCAGGGAAGGCCCUAACAGAGAGCUCUCCGUGCUCGAGUCUUCUAUUGCUACUUUUUGCCGAGAUUGGUUCGAUAUGACCAUUGUCGAAACCGAUUCCGCCGAGGCCAACAAAGAGACGGCAAUCUACAUAUAUGCCGAGCCGCCACCGAUAGAACGUCUGGUGGAGGAACAUUUAAGUCGGGAGAAGGAGAGAGAAUAUGACAAACCAGCCUGGCUCGUUAUAUGCACGAAUGCCUUCGAAGCCGCUGCACUGCGAGCAGCUGGUAUUCAGGAUCUCGUUUCUCUUGGUAGAACAAUCGAGGUUAUUAGCCAACCUGUGGGCGUCCGUAAGCUUGGAAAAGUACUGUUACAGUGCAUCCAGCGAUUCGAAGCUAAUGAGGAGAAUAAAAAGGAUGGUAUCCAAAACGCGCGCUCUAGAACACCUUCUCCGUCUAGUGCACGAUGCAGAGGAGACGCCGUGGAGGUCGAAUCCAAUUCUUCAUCGGCGACACCUAGUCCUGGCAAGGGGCCAUGUAGACCAUCACUCAAAGAUUUCAAGUGGAAAACGGAGCAAUUGCAGCCGAAAAUCCCUUUAGGCAAGAGAAUCAUCCCCAUAUCGCGUACUAGUGACAUGUCCAACUUUUCGGUGACGCAGCGGAGUCGCACACAGUCCAGGGACCUAUCAGCUCAAUUGCCCCGCAUGCUUCUCGUCGACGACAACGCGAUCAAUCUCAAGCUCCUAGUAACCUUCAUGAACAAGAUCGAGUUACCGUACGUGGAGGCUACUAACGGCCUGGAGGCGGUGACCAAGUUUAAAGAAGCGCCGGAUCAGCAGCACUUCGACUUCGUGCUCAUGGACCUCCAGAUGCCGAUUAUGGAUGGUCUAGAGGCGACAAGACAAAUCCGGGAGUUCGAGCUCGAGAAGAGGGCUACCGGCAGAGCGACGGCGCCAUCGGCGAAUGUCAUCGCGAUCACUGGGGUGGGUAAUGAGGAUAUGCGGAAGGAAGCGAUGGAGGCGGGUGUUUCGCAGUUUUUGACGAAGCCGAUUAAAUUUAAGGCGCUGCAGCAGAUUCUACUGAAGCAGUCUACGAUCGGGGACGGAGAAGGACUUUGAUGGAGCGUUGGACCCUGAUUGGUGGUGUUGAUGAUAUUUAUGGCUUGCGAUAACUUCUUGAUUCUUCAUUUUGGAUAGGGUUGUUAGUGAAAGCUUCAAUUGAUAUUUACCUACAAAUUGAUUAUGUAAUAUCUUUCAGCUGCUUUCUGUCACUGGCAAGGUUCCAUCUUUUCUUCUAUGAGUACUGGGUGGUUAAGGAUGCUUUGCAGCGAAAUAUUACAUUGAAAAAAACUGAUUGUCAUUCUGAAGCUUUGUAGACUGAUGAAAUAACCAUUGUUGUAAGAUAUAAGUAACAAUAUCUUGU